AUGGCUUAUGUGCUCGCUAAACAAAAGCCAAACUGGGAACCGGGAACGAAAAGCGGAUACCAUGCCAUCACUUUCGGGUGGAUUGUUGACCAAAUUGUGCGACGAGCCGAUCCCAAGGGCAGAUCAGUGGGACGUUUCUUCAAGGAGGAAGUAGCCGACAAAUACGGAAUCGAUUUUCAUAUUGGACUUCCAAGUUCUGAAGAGCAUACGGUGUCAAGGCUUUCUAUGCCGUCUACGGCUCAUCUCCUGAAAGAGAUUGUUCAUGAUCCAAGAGUCCUAAUUGUUCUCGGCAUCCUCCAUCUCCGACCUCCAACUUCAAUCGCAAGAAAAGUUCGUGAAAAUCCCUCAAUGGUUCAAAUUGGAGCAGGAUGUGAAUACAUUCAACGAUCCAGAGCUUCACAGGUAUGGAACAAGUCGCAGCUCUUGGAAUCACUAAAGCUCGAGAUAUGGCGCGACUCUUCUCACUUAUGCUC